GUUCCCAGGUCAGCCCCGGCCGGAGGAGCGCGGUGCCGCUGCCCGGUGCGGGAGCCGCUGAAGUCAGGGUUACAACUCACCUUGGAACUGGGGCACCAGACCUCCUGUAGGCAGGGCGUUCUCCCCCCUACCGGAUGACAUCAUGUGUUUGGGGCUGGGUCGCUCCAUAAAAGCAGCCGGCGGGGAGCCAGGAGCCCAAAGAACAGACGUGCUCUGCAGGGCGCCCGGGACGCGCGCACGAGCUUCCCGUGCGAGCCCCGCCGACCCCAGAGCCCGAGACCGAGAGUGAGGAGCCCAGCCGCCAGUAGCCCGCGUCUGGCCCCGAGAAGCCGCCUGAAGAUGCCCCACCGCAACCUACACGCGGCUGCCGUCCUCCUGCUCCUGGUCUUAAAGGAACAGCUUUCCAGCCCAGCCCCACUCAACGGAUCCAAGUGGACCUAUUUGGGUCCCAAUGGGGAGAAGAGCUGGUCCAAGAGCUACCCAUCAUGUGGGGGCCUGCUACAGUCCCCAAUAGACCUGCAUGGUGACAUCCUCCAGUACAACGCCAGCCUUGUACCCCUUGCCUUCCAAGGCUACAAUGAGACUGCCAACCAGCAGUUUGUCCUGACCAACAACGGCCAUUCAGUGAAGCUGAAACUGCUCGAGGACAUGCACAUCCAGGGCCUGGGGCACCGCUACAAUGCCUCGCAGCUGCACCUUCACUGGGGGGACCAGAAUGAACCCCACGGCUCCGAGCACACUAUCGGUGGGAAGCACUUUGCCGCUGAGCUGCAUAUUGUCUAUUUUAACUCGGACCUGUACCCCAAUGCCAGCAUCGCCAGUGACAAGCCAGAAGGCCUCGCUGUCCUAGCUGUUCUCAUAGAGAUGGGCUCCUUCAAUCCAUCAUAUGACAAGAUCUUCAGUCACCUCCCAGAUGUAAAGUACAAAGACCAAAAAGUGCACAUCCCGGGUUUCAGCAUUGAAGAGCUGCUGCCAGAGAGGCCUGAAGAGUACUACCGCUACAGGGGGUCCCUGACCACACCUCCUUGCCACCCCACUGUGCUCUGGACGGUGUUCCGGAACCCUGUGCAAAUUUCGCAGGAGCAGCUGCUGGCUUUGGAGACAGUCCUGUACUACACACACAUGGACGACCCGUCCCCCAGAGAGAUGGUCAACAACUUCCGGCAGGUCCAAAAGUUUGACGAGAGGCUGGUGUAUGUCUCCUUCAGACAAGUGCCAGACUCUACCUACGCAGGACUGAACUUGGGCAUCAUCCUUUCCGUGGCCGUGGCCGGCGUUCUCGGCAUCUGUGUUGUCCUGGCGGUAUCGAUUUGGCUUUUCAGAAGGAAGAAGAGCAGCAAAAAAGGUGCCAACAAGGGAGUCAUCUACAAACCGGCCAUCAAGCAGGAGACAGAGGCCCACGCCUGAGGUCCUGGCACGCCGGGGGCACAUCCAGGAAAGGACCUGGCUCUGGAUGCAGCUCGCCGUGGCUCCCUGGACACUUGGGAUACCUGAGGGUUCUCUGGAGCUCAACCCACAAACACCCCAGACCCUUGGGGGCCUUGAGCGGAGUGCUGUGCCAUCCAGAUGCCACACCAGCCCCAGUGGGAUCGUGGAUGGGAAGAGCUGGCUGGGGUGGGGGGUGGGGCAGGAACUCUGAGCUGUCUGCUUCAUCUCUGUGAGACCACUAAGUGGUCCACAUUCCGGAGACACAAACCAUGUUGCCUGCUGGGGGCCAUUAUUGGUUGGAAAACAUUUUGAUCCAGGGGAUCACUUGAGGUUUCGAGUAUCCUAGGAGUUCUGCUGCCUGUCCACACUUUCAGGCCAGGAAGUGUCCUCUCUGCUUAGGCUUGGCUUUCGAGACUCAGCUUCUUUCCUUGGGGAAGGGCUUGGUGUCUGACUUCCUCCUGCUGCAACUAAACCUUUAGUCUGACCUUAUAGCUGGUGGGGGUGGGUGGGUAAGGGAGCGGGGGGCAGGAAGGGUCAAGGUGUUAGAGAAAAAAGGAAACAAGAUAAUAUUUUUUUGAAGUAGAGUUGAGGCAUUUUCCAAUCCUAUCCUUUGGGUCAGACACAGGAAAUGGACCUCAGAGCGAGUGAGAGGACACGUUGGGAGAGUCUCACUGUGGAAACAGAAUGGGAAUCACAAGUUGCCUGUCAGGCCCUAAGUGUGAGAAGGACCACACUUAUCAAGCCCAGCCCCUCCUGUCAGGGGCCUAUGUACUUGUCACACUCUACAGAUUUUAAAAAUAAUUAGGCUAUUCAUGGAAAAUGUGGUGUUGCUUUCUCUCUCCUAGAGUAGACGUGAAUUCUGAGAGGACCCAAACUGCUCCUGAAUCUAGAGCAAACAGGCAGAAGCAGGACUAUUGAAGAACGUUCUCUCUUCUGCCCAAAUUUCAUUUCGGUCACCUUUAUGGCAUCCCUACUGUCAUCCUGGAAUUGGGAUUUAACUACUUUUCAGAGGAUGUCCAGUUGUAGGGUAUUUAGUGGCCAGAAAAAGUGGAAUGUUACAAAGAUUCUUCCUGGUCUUUCCCUCAAGUGACAAAGAGGGUUUCUGGGGAGAAUUAACUUAUUCUCCUCCCAUCGACAUAAAAGCCCAGGAGAGACCGAAUGGUUUCACGACUGGGCAAGAGCCCCACCACCAACCCCUCACGGCAGGCACCUUGCAUCUCACAGAGAACAAAUAUAUAUUUGUUUUUGUUU